UAAGAUGUCAUUCUAAAAUUUUAAUAUGACACUGAAGAAAGUGAGAGGGAAAACUGAAACAGGAAGAACAACCCUGUUUAAUUCCCCAAAUUCCAACCUUGAUCCUGAAACCCUAACUAGUCCCUAACUGUGUGUAUAAUUGUGAAUUAUGGAUGCCAAAGAUAUCCUGGGAUUGCCAAAAAACUCAUUCCCCUCUCUUGAGAAGAAGUCUCGACCUCCCAAAGAGUCUCAACGAAAACCUGAUGGCAUUUCGCGCGAGGUGUAUGCGCUUACAGGUGGGUUGGCCCCUCUUAUGCCUGCUAUUGAAGCUUCUCAAUUGAAGAAAAAGCCUCCUCCUCUCGAAAAGAUCACUUGGCAGUGGCUUCCUUUCACCAGUUCUGCUCGUAAAGAUAAUCUGCAACUUUACCACUGGGUUCGAGUUGUCAAUGGUGUUCCUCCUACGGGUGACUAUUCUUUUGCCAAGUAUAAUAAGGCAGUUGAUGUGAUCAAAUACACAGAUGAGGAGUAUGACAAGUAUUUGACAAAUCCUAUGUGGACCAAAGAGGAGACUGAUCAACUAUUUGACUUGUGCGAGAGAUUUGAUCUCCGAUUUGUUGUAAUAGCCGAUAGGUUUCCAUCAUCUCGAACUGUAGAGGAAUUAAAGGAUAGAUAUUAUAGUGUUUCGCGGGCUAUAUUGGUUGCUAGAGCUCCAUCUUCUGGGGAUGUUGCAGCACAUCCUCUUGUUAAGGAACUGUAUAAUGUUUCACAAGAAAUGGAGCGAAAGCGAGCACUGUCCAUGGUCCUCUCUCAAACAAGGCAACAAGAACGCAGAGAUGAAGAGGUUCUUGUUGAAGCAAAAAGGAUAGCUGAAUCUCGCAUUCCACCCAAGGUUGCUGAAGAGUCUCACUUGGCUGCUCCUAAUGCUGGUGCAGAAGCUACAGAGAGGGCUGUCCCUGGUGAAACUGUAUCUCCAUCGAAUGUGCAACUUCCACCAAUGGUUGCGCCUCCUACUUUAUCAGAUAAUGCAUCUACUCUAGCUUCUCUUCGCAUGCUACGUGUAUAUUUGAGAACAUAUGCACUUGAACAAAUGGUGCAAGCUGCAAACUCAUCUGCUGGACUUCGGACUAUCAAACGGGUUGAGCAAACCUUGCAAGACCUUGGGGUCAACUUGAAACCAAGAGUUCCAACAAAAGCUGUUUGUGCGGAGCACCUUGAGUUAAGAAAAGAAAUACUAACUUGGCUUAAUCUCCAGAAACAGGUUCAAUAUAAAGAGGCUGAAGGUUCCUCUUUUCGUGAUGGGUCAUAUGGUGAAACACCUGGCACACCUAAGCAUUUACAUCGUGCUGGGGAUCAGGAUCGGACAUUCAUUCCAGAUGCAAUGAAUUUUGGAGUGGAAAGGGUUGGCAAAAAGGACCAAAAGCGUAAGGCACCUGGAGCUCCAUCGGCUCAUAAAAGACCUAGAAAACUAAAGGCUACAGAUCUCUAGUUCCUCUGGUGAGAGCUUAUAUUUUUCAGAGAUGAUUCACACUGGUGGCAACCGAGAAAAAAAAAAAGGUGUUUCAAUUCCAAGAAUUUUUUCAAUCAAAAUUAUGAAUGUGGCAACUGGCUUUGAACUCAACACCUGGAAAUUCUGAUUGUGGUAUAUUUAGUCCAACUGCAGUUCUGUUUACUUCGGCCUGCAAUUUUAGACUAUGCCACUCUUGGUCUUCAAUGUAAAGAGAAACUUGAGAUCCCUGCGAUGAAUGAAUCUCCCAUCUUUAGCAUGUCCUGAGAAGCUGGACUUUAUUUCUCACGCUGAUAAUGCUUUGUAGGGAUACCACAUACCAGGUACAAAAAUGGCUUCUAAUUUGGAUAUGCAUGUAUAUAAGUUUAGAAAUGGAAAUUCCGGAUGUCUCUGAAGGCUUAUGAAUGCUGAAAUUGGGAGCAAUUGGAACGACUACAUCGGUUCAUGUAUGUUUCUAAUCGUUUGCACACUUGCACAUCCAAUGAAAAAAAUGUUGUGAUAAUUCAAACUAUAUGAAAAUAAUUUAAUUUAAAUUUGCUGUUGUCUUGGAAAA